AUUUGUUGUGGCAAAAUGCAGACACGUUUAUAGGCAUUCGGAAGAUCGAGAGGCAAAUGCAUUUCGGUACUACCAACAUGACUUCUAAGAGGCGUCAUUAAAAAAAAAGAAAAAAAAAAAUCUGUAUGCUACUACUGGGGCUUGGUUGUAUUCGCCGUUCCAUUGAAGCCGCAGAUUUAGAAGGUUUCUGCCAAAAAUAAGCCGAAUUUAAAAAUGUUGUCAUCGUUAAUAGGUGAUAGCUCUAUCGAAACUGUGAGAAAUAAACUGGAUGCUAUUAAAAGAUUCCUCAGUGUCUCGCUGAGGAUAUCAAACGCUCACACUGUCGAUUUUUAUACCGAGGAUGUUUGGAAUGAGUUUGUGGCUGUCACACCUGAAAGCGUCUUGACGGUAAUCACAGGCUGCAACCAGCAGACGGCGCCACUGCCUGUAGAAGAAGAAGAAAGCAGCCCGUGUUCCUGUGGUUUCGGCGAUGACUCUCUGAAGUUAGUAGAUGUGGCCAGCUUUCUUAAGGCAGCGAAAGCGCACUCCCUGCCACAUCUUCAGGUGUGCACGUCUCUGGAGGAUUUACUGCAGGAACUACGAGGAGGGGCACGGGAAAGCACAGAUAAAGUCCUGGGAACAGAUGACUUUAUGAAUGACAAGAAAUCCCAUGAAGUUAAAGUCAUGUCAGAAGUGGUAGCAAGUUUAGCCAGGUACUGCAAUAUACAGCAGGUGAUAGACCUUGGGUCUGGCAAAGGCUACCUGUGCUCCUUUCUGUCGAUGGAGUACAGCCUGAAGGUUUAUGGGAUAGACUCAUCAAGCACCAACACCCAUGGUGCCAAUGAGAGGAACAGGAAAUUGAAGAGGUAUUCGAAAGCCUACCAAAGGACAAGAGAGCCAGUGAUAGAGGAAACUGUAUCAGAGAUACAGGAAGACCACAGAAGCAUGACUCCCAGCAAAAAGGUACAUGAGCUUUCAACCCUCAUGGGUAAAGCUGCUGUAGAUGGACCUGCUUGUUCACUGGACUCCUCAGAGCAUACUGUUAAAGUGGGAGAGGAGAACAUUACUGGAGCACAAUUGGAAACGGAGGACUUGGAAGCAGGUAGCAGCCCAUUCUUUGGUAUCUUGUCAAGUGAAGUAGUGGAAUUACCUACCCCACGGAAAAACCCAGCAGAACUGAGCAGCGAGGAGAAAGAGAGGAGAAAGCAAGAGAAUUUAAAGAGAAAGUCCAAAACCAGAAGUGACAGCAGCUUGUAUUCACCUCUGACCUCCUACGUUACAGCGAAAACAGAACUCCAGGAGAUCAUAUCAGACAUGGAGGAUUCGGUAAUGGUUGGCCUCCACACAUGUGGUGACCUUGCCUCAAGCACGCUGAGGAUAUUCACUGCCAAACCCGAACUGAAGGCUGUGUGCAGCGUGGGCUGCUGUUAUCACCUUUUAUCAGAGGAGUUUGAUCGUCCAAGACAAGAAUCUCCCAAUGGCACAUGGGGGUUCCCUAUGAGUCAGUACAUGAAACAACAAAAAUGGAACUGUGGGAGAAAUGCAAGAAUGUCAGCCUGCCUGGCAUUAGAAAGAGUUGCUGUUGGCCAAGGGCUUCCAACUGAGUCACUGUUUUACAGAGCUGUCCUCCAUGUAAUUUUAAAGGAACAUUAUGGUGCAAUAAAAAGUGAAAAGCGUGUUGGGAAUGUUUACUCCAAAACUGCCUCAUUUGUGGAUUACAUUAGAAAGGCACUGAGGAAGCUAGGGCUGGAUGAGUCAAAGCUCCCAGACAGUCUAAUACAGGAUUACUAUGACACAUACAAACCAAGAAUAAAUGAGAUGGAAGCCUUCAAUAUGCUAAAGGUUGUCCUGGCCCCUUGCAUUGAGGGAUUAAUACUUCUGGACAGACUCUGCUACCUGAAAGAACAGGAAAACACCUCAUGGUCGACAUUGGUGCAGUUAUUUGAUCCCUUGAAAUCCCCAAGAUGUUAUGCAGUCGUUGGAGUAAAGAGACUUUUAAAGUCAGUCCAUUAAGAUUUUAAUGUGGAUGUCAGUGAGGUAUACGUUUUUACCUGCAAUCACUAACCUUUGUUUUUGUAUUGUACCAUCAAAUAAAUGAUGGCAUUAGUUGUGACACAGGAGACAUUUUAAUAAAUACAAUUUUUAUUGUGUGUUUUAAAAAAAAAAAAAAAAAAAAAAAAGUAUGCUGCUUUGUUCUAUUAACAAUGGUAAUUUCUUAAAACCCGACCGUGUUAAUUUGGCUCUCUGCAGACCAGUCAGAUUUAUUGCAAGAAUUUGGCCUUUUAAAAGUCAGUAAAUUGCAAAGGAUUGUUUUAAUGGAGAAAGAGGCUGUUUCUAGUGAGGUAUUAAUUUCAAUUGAUGGCCCUUGCUAUAAAAUAGAUUCUUUAGCUAAAUCAGUUCUGAAAAUGUAUUGAUCAGUCACCCUCCUAAUCGCUUAAUCAGUUCCAGUAGAAUGGAUGACUGCUGCAACAACUGGAAAUGUUUGUGCCAGAAGUAAUUUACAAAAAGAAAAUCAGCUUUGUUAUCCCUAUAACUGAAAACAGCUUGACUUGGAGGAGGGAGCGUAUAAUCCAAUUGAAGUCAGGAAAGUCUCUCAAAAUAAGUUGAUUUAGUACAUGCAACAUUGGAAGCAGGGCAAGAUCUUAAUUUAAGUUAACUAAAACAAAUUAGGUAAUUUAAAAAUUUAUUUUCUUUAAAAAAAAAAAAAGGUAUGUUUUAUGUUCUCUUAUGUUUAUUUAAUAAGAAUGAUGCUUAAAUCUCUGGAAACAGAAACGUUGCCUUUUUUGUGAAACAGUAAAAUUGUUUAAAUGACCAUAUUUUGUUGGGAUUCCCUAGUAAAAAUUCAAUGCUGACACUACUUUGUAAGUAUUUUAACCUUUUUGAGAAUCCAUCUUUGAAUGUUCAGUAUUCUGAAAACUCCUUGGACAACUGUAAGUGUAUCAUUUUGAUAACAUAAUAUUGCAACCUUAUUGUGAGUUUUAUUUAAUUUUUUUUAAAUUUGUUUACCCCUGUUUUUCUUCGGAAAUCAAAUGUUGCCAAAUUGCAGCAACUCACUUACUGAUCAGGGGACUGAAGAGAACAAUAAACAGCCUCAGUUCCUGCUAGUUUAAACAUGAGCUUUUUAGGCAGUUCCCUGGCAUUCCUUUAGCAGCUUUAUCAAGGAAAUCUUGAUAAAUCAAUUCUCUACAUUUUACACCUAUAAAAAGUAACAAAGUCUGACAGCUCAACACAAUUUUAUUUGGGGUCUUCCUAAGAAUGUCUUUUUUUUUUUUGCUGCUUCUGUUCAAUAAAUAACCAAAGUAUAAAAGCUUAAUGUGUAUUUUUAUACAAAAUAGUUUGAAUAAACCAUUAUGCUUGGUGAACACCCUUUUUAAAGGAAUAUGUUAUUAGAUGGAUUAAUGAUAAUGAAUACACUUUACCUUAUCUAUUAAUUAUGCAGCCAACUUUCUGUAUAAAUCAAUGUGUAAUUGGUGAUUGUUCAAUGAAUAAUAAAAAUAGCUUUUAAGCUGUCCUUGCUGAGAUGAGAGAAAAAAACAAAUCCAAGUGUGAUUUAAGCUGGCAAGGGUACAGAAAGACAGUUUAAGCUCUGUGGCCUCCCUGCUUGUUAUGUUUCAUAGUGAAUUGGUCUAAGGAACUUUUUUCAUUACAUAGUUCUGUGCAUUGUCAUAGAAACCGCAAAAAAUGUCAUCUAAAGUAUGUGUACAUUUUGUCUUGGUUAAGUUCAGUUAAAAAAAAAAAAAAAAUCUCUAAUCAUUCGCUUAAAAAGAGUUUCUAUUUUGAUCAUUCUAAUUCUAAAUAUUCUCAGUCAACUCCUAUUUACAGAGGAUGGUCAAUUAUAAAUCACAUACGAAAUCUGUACAGUCUCUGUUUUUAUGAUUUAUAAUAUGUUUCUAUGUCGCAAGUGUCUUCUGUUAAAAUACAGUAAGAGAUUUCACACAGUUUGAGUACUCGAUAGUUAAAAAUAUUUGUAUGGAGAUCGUUCUCCCAAACUGUUCAAAUCUCUUGAAAUGUGCCGCACACAAGUUUGUCUAGUUUUAAUAGUACACCAACACAUAUAAUACUCUUUAGUUAUUAUCCUCGCAUUUUAGAGGUUUACUCCAAAGAUAAGACAGCUCUUCAUAGAGAUGAGAGUCCAUGUUUCAUCCAUCUGUUGACCGUCACCACAACUGAAAAAACUUUAGUACUGUUCAUUUUCACAAAAUAAAGAAAUAAAUGAACCUUGGAAUUCCCCCCC